AUGGAAGCGACUUUCUACGACGAAGCCGUGAACGCCUCAAACUCUCAGCAUGACGGGACGGCAGCGGUGUACGGCUUCAACCCCAAAACCCUGAAACAGACCAUGACUCUAAACCUGAACGACCCCAAGAACUUCAAGCCCCAGCUGAGCGCUAAAGCCCUGGACAUCCUCACGUCCCCUGAUGUGGGUUUGCUGAAGCUGGCCUCUCCGGAGCUGGAAAGACUCAUCAUCCAGUCCUGCAGCGGACUCACGACCCCCACCCCGACCCAGUUCCUCUGUCCCAAGAACAUCACGGACGAGCAGGAGGGAUUCGCGGAAGGGUUUGCAAAGGCUCUGGCUGAACUCCACUACCAGCAGCCGGCCCCCGCCGUGCACCCUGACGCACAGAUGAGCGCCAGUAGCAACAUGGCAUCCGGCGCUGCUGUGUCCGAAGGCGGUGGGAUCCCUUACAGCUGCACAGUGCGCACAGACCCACCCGAGUACACCAACUUGGGCACUUUCAGCAGGUCUGUGGGCUCUGCGUGUGCACCUGCCGGCGAGAGGCACCCACCUAUCAGCUACCCCUCCGCCCCGCAGCAAUCCCACAGCCACAUGGACCACCAGCUCGCGACUGCGCAGCACUCGCGGCUCCACGCGCUGAAGGAAGAGCCGCAGACUGUUCCCGAGAUGUCCGGAGAAACCCCCCCACUAUCCCCCAUCGACAUGGAGAACCAGGAGCGCAUUAAAGCAGAGAGAAAGCGCAUGAGGAACAGGGUGGCCGCGUCCAAAUGCCGGAAAAGGAAGCUGGAGAGGAUCUCCCGGCUAGAGGACAGGGUCAAAAACCUCAAGAGCCAAAACACGGAGUUGGUUUCCUCCGCCAACGUGCUCCGGGACGAGCUGGCUCUGCUCAAACAAAAGGUCAUGGACCACGUUAACAGCGGCUGCCAGCUCAUUUUGACGCAGCAGCUUCAAGCUUUCUAG